GCCUCCCUGAAGGGGAGUGAAGCUGAGUGGGGAGGAGCCUCAGGGUCUGAGCUGGCUUGAGACAAAUGCAGUCCUUUUCUCCCCUUCCUGCCAGGGGCCCCACAUUGCAGCCUUUCUCUCAGAGCCCCCAAGAAUGGUAUCCGAUCAAGACACAAUGCCUCUACCCCUUCCAAGACUGCUCAGCCCCUACAGCUCUGAUCGGUUGGUCUGCCUAGCAGCCCAGCUGCGGCCAGCGCUAUGUGACACCCUCAUCACUGUCGGGGGCCACGAAUUCCCUGCUCACAGUCUGGUGCUGGCAGGUGUCAGCCAGCAGCUGGGCCGCAGGGGCCGCUGGGCCUUGGCAGAAGGCAUCUACCCUUCCACUUUUGCCCAGCUUCUGAGCUUUGUUUAUGGGGAGAGUGUAGAGCUGCAGCCUGGGGAGCUGGGGCUCCUUGAGGAGGCAGCAAGGGCUUUGGGGGUACAGGCCCUGGAAGAAGCAUGCAGAAGGGCUCGAAGGGACCCAGCUGAAGAUGUGCAGGAGGCAGGACUGAAGAAAGGACAGGGGAGCCAUGGAACGGAACAGAAACCAGAGGCUUUUAGAACUGGUGGGAGAGAACAAGAGACAUUACACAAGCCACCAAGAGAGAGCUGGGAGGCGGCAGGGACAACACCGGAUGGCCAGGAAGAGAAGGGAUUAGAGGGGAAACUCAGCCAGGCCUCUGUUAACCAAGGGGAAGCAGAUGGGAAGCAAGCAGUGGUCAUGCGGGUGACAGAGAGUCCAGAGGGCUCUGAGAAGGUGCGGGAAUUCCCUGGCCCUCUUCCCCGGCCAAGUUCCUUCCAGAGCCACAGCAUGCCCAGGCUGCGGUGGGCAGAGACUCCUUGGCUGAGGGAGUGCCAGGCUGCCCUGUGGAGCCUGAUGUGGCCGCCCAGAUAUGGCGCUCCCAUCUCUCCCAGCACCUCUGGCACUGGCAUCUGGCAGGCCUGGCUUCCAGACCAGAGAGUUCCGCUGACCUUGAUCAGCCCCAAAGGGCUCUGCAGUGACAAUCAGGUGGGCUCUUGCAGUCCCACCCCAGGUUCCCUUCCCCAGGGCCCUACAGAGCUGGGAGAGCCAGGAUGGGAGCACCAAGGUGUGCUGGCAACCUGGGUGGGUCACGAGGGCACCUCAGGCCGCCCAUCUCGCCAACCUCCUACAGCCGGGUGUCGACCCUAUUCCUGCUCGGCCUGUGGGAAGAGAUUUUCUCUGAAGCAUCAGAUGGAGACCCAUUACCGGGUCCACACAGGAGAGAAGCCUUUCUCCUGUAGCCUCUGUCCCCAGCGAUCCCGGGAUUUCUCAGCCAUGACCAAGCACCUGCGGACGCACGGGGCCGCGCCCUACCGCUGCCCGCUCUGCGGGGCCGGCCGCCCCAGCCUGGCCUCCAUGCAGGCGCACAUGCGGGGCCACCCGCCCAGCCAACUCCCUCCGGGAUGGACCAUCCGCUCCACUUUCCUCUACUCCUCCUCGUCCUCGAGGCCGACACGCGCCCUGUCCCCUCCCGGAAGCUCCUCCUCCCCGACAACCCCCUGAUCGGAUCGGGCAGCGGUGGGUGUGAGCCCGGCUUGGGGCUGCAGCGAAGACCACAAGAAUGAAGAAGGGGUGGGUGGCGGCGGGCUGGGCUCCCCGAGCCGCCCGGAUGCUAAGCGGCCUCGCCGACCGGGCGGCUCCGGAGCCCGCAGGACUGGCACGGCCGCCCGGCAGCGCCCCCUCCCCGGCUGCCCCACGCGCUGCCGAAGCCUGCGGGAACCAAAGACGAGGCUGAGUUCGCACGCGUGAAGAUGAGCUGCCGGGACUGUCU